AUGGCUGGCACACGAAGAUCUACGCGUCAAACGGUUGCAGCAGCACCGAAGUACAACGAAGAUGAUGAUUCAUCCACAGCAGAAGUACAAUCCAAGCGCAGCGCCAAAAAGACGACGCGUCGCAAGCGCGAUCGCGAAGACGAAGACGCAGACGAAGAAAUAGCAGACAACAGCCCUCCGCCGCCCAAGAAAGCCGCCACGACUCAAGCGAAGGCUUCCAAAGCGAAACCAAGUCCAGACACAUCCGCGCCCAAAUCCAAGACCAACCCUCCACCCGCCCCUUCCUCACCCACAAACCGCGCCGCGAACGGCGCUCAAGAAGUCUACUGGCUCCUUAAAGCCGAGCCUCUUCCCCGCUACGAGAAUGGUGUAAACGUCGCCUUUUCCAUCUCUGACCUGCGCGCCUGCACAGAACCGGAGCCUUGGGGCGGCGUUCGCAACCCCCAAGCACGCAACAACAUGCAAGCCAUGCGCAAAGGCGACCUAGGCUUCUUCUACCACUCCAAUGCCAAGCCCUCUGGCAUUGUAGGCAUACUGCGCGUAGUUGAAGAAGCCAAAGUCGACGAAACGGCAUUUGAUCCCAAGGAUCCUUAUUAUGAUAAGAAGAGCGUCAGGGAGAACCCCAAGUGGUACUGUGUGGGCGUCGAGUUUGUGAGAGAGUUCGAUGACAUUAUAGAUUUGGCGAGAAUAAAAGAGUAUGCAAAGGAGGGGCCAUUGAGGGAUAUGCAGCUCGUUACAAAUUCUAGAUUGAGCGUGAAUAGGGUGAGGAAGGAAGAGUGGGAGUUUAUAAUGGAGUUGGUUGAUGGGGCGAACAAGAACGAUAAGACCGAGUAG